AUGUUGAAACCGGCAUCAUUCUCCUUCCUACUCGAGAGCUCCUCCUUUCUGCAAAGCGGUCGGUGCCUAGGCUGCCAAUUCCGCAAUGCGACUCCAAUCUCAAGAUCUGUCCGGCGACACUACGCCAGCAAAAGCAGCACGGGCAACGAGGAAAAACAACCCUCUCCGACUCCAGAACAGAAGACACAAGACGCAGAAGAGAAACCCUCUCCAGAACCAAUCGAGGGAGAAAACCCAAAUCCCGAAUUCAUCCCCAAGCCGCUCGACCGUCCUCUGGGCCUCGCAUAUCCUCCGCAGGAAUGGCAGAAUACCGGAAUCGAUGCGCGCACGUUGCGACAGCGUCGUGAUGAUUUUGUCGAUUAUGAGAAACAUAUUCAGAGACGGAAAGAGCUAACUCGACAAGUCUCCAAGCCGUAUUUCCGCGAAUGGACAAAUAUGCAGUAUCACGAGGGAAAGUCAUUCCUGUCACCUGCGCGGUUAUUCAAGCGCGAUGCCGCCCUCUACUUCCCCAACAUGUACGGUAUCACAUUGGCAUCGCCCAGCAAGCCACUGAAUACGACCACCCUGCUUCGCGGCAAGGUCUCCAUCGUGAGCCUCUUCUCUAGUGUCUGGGCAGAGACGCAGGUCGCUACAUUUACGGGUCCGAAGCAGAACCCGGGGUUGUACGAGAUUCUAGCGAGUGAGAACCGGUUCGCGCAGAAGGUCGAUAUUAAUUUGGAAGAAAAUGCGCUUAAGGCUUGGAUAGUUCGGAUGUUUAUGUGGAGCAUGAGGAGGAAACUGCCGAAGGAGCAGCAUGACAAGUAUUUCCUUGUGCGGAAGGGUCUCGACGACGGUCUGAAGGAGGCUAUCGGCAUGAUGAACAGCAAGGUCGGAUACGUCUACCUUCUAGACGAGAACUGCAGGAUCCGCUGGGCUGGCAGUGGACCCGCUGAGGAGGAGGAGCUGGAUUCUCUGAACAAUGGUCUGUUGAGGUUGAUUGCAGAGAAAAAGAAAUCCAUUGAGUCGGCCACGCCAGCUGCAGAGUGGGAAAGCACCAAACAGAAAAGCCCGGCAAGCCUCAGACCACGGGUAGUGUCGAGAGCCUGA